AUGUCUCUCAACGUGCGAAACACCUUGUCGCUCAUGUCUGCUUCCACCAGGAGCACGAUCAUACUCGGGUGUCUGGUUGGAGUUCUAUCUUCGGCUUGUCAGUCGGUUGGUCUGAUACUGCAGAGGAAGUCCCAUCUCAUCCAACAGACCAAAUCACACUAUAAACCCCCAUACAAGAGGUCUCUGUGGAGAUUGGGAUUCACGUUAUUUAUUGUGGCAAACGUGUUCGGUUCAAGUAUACAGAUAACCACACUACCGCUCAUUGUGCUAUCGCCACUUCAGUCUAUAGGACUCGUUUUCAACGCCUGUUUCAGUUCGCUAAUACUGAACGAGCCUUUCACGGUUUACUCCCUGUUUGGCACUCUGGUGAUCAGCAUAGGGGCGUUUUUGAUAGCGAGUUUCGGGGCUAUACCGGAGCCCGAGUACACAUUGGAUGACUUCAUGGUUCUAUUGCGAAGAAAACCAUUUGUGAUAUGGGCCUCGCUGGAUGCUGUGCUGGUUUGCGUAUUUCUAGGAUGGAUAGUCGUGAUGAAGAAUCUCGAUCAAGCUGAGCAUGAUGACAAUUUCGGGCAUUUUCAUCUUACGAGUCCUGUGAGAGUCUCCAAGAAUUCUCGUGGAGAGACCGAGGAGCAGGAUCCUCUUCUUAGCAGAGUCACUUCUGUGACUUCGCAAGGUUCUAGCACUGUUUCUGGCAUGGAGCAGAAUGAUAUGUAUCGCCAGGUUCUCUUUGCAUCGGGUAUGAGAAGUGUUGAUCGGUUUGCCCCGUUAUAUUCUACCUAUUUCGCAAAGUUGAAGGACAAAAUAAGUCUACUCAAAGGUGGGUGUAGAGCACUGCUCUUUGAUAUGUCACAUGAAAGCUCGAUGAUGAUGCAGGGUGCUCUAUUUGGUGUGGUGAGUGGAAUAAUGUCUGCUCACUCGCUGUUGCUGGCCAAGUCAGUCAUAGAAAUCUUGGUGAAUGCAUUCAAUGCUGGAAGUGUUCACGCCAUGCUGAAAAUCCUGAACCAUCUGGAGUCAUGGUUCAUAAUAGGUGGUUUCCUGACCCUCUGUCUCACGCAACUGUGGUUCUUGAACAAAGGGCUCAAGAGAGUUUCCACCUCGAUCUUAUACCCUCUGGUUUUUUGCAUCUACAAUAUCGUGAAUAUCUGUAAUGGUAUGAUAUUCUACAAGCAAUGGGGCUCGGUUACAUAUGUCCAGCUUUUCAAUAUCAUCAUUGGAACGAUAUUGGUUCUGGGAGGUGUGUUUGCUCUGAGCUGGAGACUGGAUGAUGCUGUCUGUGCCGAUCCAAAAACACCCACACUGCAAUGUACGACUACAUUUGCCAGUCCAGGCUAUGGCUCUACCAAUCUGGUGAGUCCUAUGGACCCUACUAGUCCCAGGAGCGUGAGGUCCAGCUCUGCAAAGACAAAAUGGUACUCAAACAGGGCAUUUCUCAGGAACUCGGUGGGUUCUAUCCAGGAUCACAUAAACACCUCCAAGAUGGAAAAUACGUCAUUGAUAGACUAUACGCCUGGCGUUGAGCCUGAAUCCUACUCCUCGUUGGCAGAGGUGGUUGCCAGAAGAAAGAGUUUGAAAAAUAACGAGAGGACUAGCCGCAACAUCCCCAACUUAAGUAUCGAUACGCAUCAGCAGAGUCUUGAAGAGGGAUUGUCCGAGUACGUUUCCUUUGGAUCCCCAAAAGAUACCUCGUCUUUCACGCAGGAUGCAGACUCGAAUAUCACGCCGAUUAUCAACGCCGGCUCUCUGCAGAGUGGGAAGGCUUUGCUUACCCCGCUGUCAAAAUAUAAGCCGCAAUGGGAUAAGACACCCACAAAGAGUGGAAGGAGCGAUACAGGGUUUUCAUUGGCACAAUUAUCACCGUUCAGAGCAUUCUCGUCCUCCAAAACUGACCCCGACAUCUCUUCGUCAACCGCACGAGAUGUUGACUCCAAACCACAUGCUCCGGAUAAUGACCUUGAGAACAGAGCCUUGAUGAACGAAGAUUACAAUUCUCGCAAUCCCUUCAGCUACAGCAUGAAUAACACCAUGGAGGAGAUUCACCACCAAAUCAUAGCAAAUAACUACGGGCCAGGACAGCCUACUCCUGGUGUUCCUUCGAUAAACGAAGGUCAAGUGGCAGCCAGGGCAAAUUUGUCCGAGGACCUGGGCUCCUCGGUUGAUAUCAACAGAAAAUCUAUCAGUUCUAUUUCGGGUACGCGGCACCAAAGCGAAUUCAAGCCGUCGGAAAACUGGCCUAGCAAAACGCAUGGAAGAAGAGUGUUGUCUUUUGAGCAAAACGAGCUGCUCAGCCAGUUGAGACUCAAUUAG